GUUGUUUGUUUCUCCUACGUUAUUCGUAGGGCACCUGCACUUGAAAAUAUUUUGAAAACUUUUCUAAUUAUGUUUUGCUUUAGUUUCGGGUUCGUAAGUGUGGUGUUGAUACGACCGGAUGACAUUACGCUUGGCAUUCUUUCUUAAUUUUUAACCACAUUUUUGAUAAAACGAAUUAGUAGUCAUGGGGAAAAAUAAAGGAGUGAGUGGAGCAGCUAAAGGGGGCGGUGGCGGCGAUAACAGUGGGGGUGGUGGCGGUGGUGGAAAUAAAAAAAGUGGUGGCGGUGGUGAUAAGAGUGGGAACAAAAAUAAGGGUGGCGGGGGUGCGGAAAAAGCUGGUGGCAAAAAGGGGCAAGAACAGAAGGUUGGCGGAAGUGGAGGAGGAAAAAAAGGAAACAAGAAGUAACAAUUAACUAUUAGGUUAAUUUAUUUGCAUAUUAAAAACUAUACAACAUAAAAAACCGUUUUGCCAAUAAAAUUAAUAAAAGUUUAAAGUUAGCCAAUAAAAACAAACAGAUAAAUAAAAAGAGAUAUCUGCAUGACUACAUGUACUUCAAAUAGACCCGUAGACAGGAUGAGACGGGUAUUAUGGAUGCUAAAGAUACGAGAAUCAAUUUAUUUAUACAUUAAAGAACAAGCUGAAUCACCAUUGCAUCGACAUAUCGUUAAUUGGAAAAUCACUAGUUGCCAGAAAGUGAUGAUAACACAACUGAACAGCGGCGGAUUUAGGCUCACUGCCGUCCUAAGUCCGGUCUGAUACGACACCCUUUUAGAUCACCAAAAUUCUGCACAUUUUGAUUUGGAAUAUAUAUAU